CGUUACGCUCUUGCCCUCUCUCAUACCCCAUACCCCAAAUUCAGUCGCUUCAACUUUACGGUGUCUUCUCAAAGGAUUUUACCACUUUCAAUCUCUUGUCGAUCUCUUCUUUCGGCUGUGCUGUUCUAUUAGUAUUUUCUGAGUUUUGAUUGUUGGCCCUGUGCCAAUGGAAGAAGAGAAGAAGAAGAGGAAGAACAAGAAAAAGAAGAAUAAACAAACCAAAGGAAUAGAAAAUAAUGCCGUUGGUGCAGAAGAAUCCGCUUCCUCCAAUCAGAACUAUCCUGCUGAAAUACGUGGUUCUGAAGCACAUACUGAUGAUACUUCGGGGAUAGAUGACGAUUCUAAUAGACAUGAUACUGAGGGUGCCAAAGUCUCAUCUUUAGCCGAGAAUGAGAAACACUGUAGGAUGGAUACAGAGGCUAUCUUUGAGGAGAAACUUAAACAGUUCUCACGGGAAAAAGAUGCCAGUUUACUGAAGGAGGAGUCUAACUUUAACGAGAGGAUUAAACAACUUCAGAAUGAAAAUAACAGUCAUCUGCAUAAAGAGGCUAGUUUUGAGAUGAAAAUCAUGCAAUUGCAAGAUGAAAUUAGCAGUCUCAGGAGGCAAGAGGCUAACCAAGAAGAAAAGAUAAGACAAUUGCAUAUGGAGAAGGAUGUUUACUUGCAGAAAGAGGCUGAAUUUGAGAUGAAUUCCCAGUUACAAAGUGAAAAGAAUUCCUGGCUUCUAAAGGAGGCAGGCUUAGAGAAAAAAAAUAAUGAGUUGGUGGAUGAAGUGGAGAAGUUGAAUUCAAAGAGGCAUGAAUAUCAGGUCAAUUUGGAAAACAAAGUAAAAGAGAUGGAGAAGGAAACAGAAAACAAGGUCCAGAAGGAGGUUAGCUUGGAGGAAAGAAUAAGUCUGUUGGUGGAUGAAGUGGAAAAUUCGAAUUCAACGAUGGUGAGCUUGGAGGAAAAAGUAAAAGAGACGGAGAAGGAAAGAGGGAACUGGGUCCAAAAGGAGAAGUCAUUCAGAGAAAUAAUUUCCAGCCUAAGUGGUGAUAAUGCACUUUUAGAGACGCAGGUGAAGGAGUUCGAAGAGUUGAGGACCAAUAUGUUACAAGAAAAUCAGUUACUGAAAGCAAAUAUACAAGUACUGCAGACACAAGUCUAUAAUCUCGAGAAGAGUGCCAGACCUCCUUGUUUACCAAUUGGACAUGAAAUGAAUACUCCUGAAAAUGGGGAUCUGAAUUCUGAAGUAGUUGCUACUCAAGCAUUGGUGGACAAACUGAUUGAUGAAAAUGCGGAGCUUGUGGAGAAGGUGAAAAAUUUAUAUGUGAAGCUUGAACGAAGAGGUCCACCAAUGGAGGUAUCUUCAUAUUUAGGUGCUGAUGUAAUUACCACAAGCUCUGAGGCAGCUCGCAUUGCCAAUGAAUCAGCCCUUGGGUCACACAAGAUUCCUGGAGCCGUUCACGAGCAUGAACUUGACCAUACUACAGAGCCAAAAUCUCAACCCAGUGAAGCAGUAUUGCAGUCAAGUGAAAGGCUGCAAUCUCUGAAAGACACCAUUGACAAAGCUGUGAGUGAUGAUGAGCAUGUGAGUAAGAUAGAUAGCAGAAUUGCUGUAAAUUCAUCAGAAAUCGAGUCUGAUGAAAUCGUGCAGAUCCCUUUAGAUGAGAAUGAAGUUCAGUCAGCAGAUUUAGAAGUCACAAGUGUGGAUCAGGAUCAGUAUGAGGAAGAGGUUCCCCUCACCAAUGCACCGUUAAUUGGUGCUCCAUUCCGUUUGAUAUCCUUUUUUGCUAGAUACGUGAGUGGUGCUGAUUUGGUUAAUAAGAACUCGGCAACCUCAAACCGAUAACCUGCUAACAGCCUGCAGCUGUAAGAAGUUAGAUUUUAUACAGCAAAAGGAGGAUGACACCAAAGAUUAAACAUAGUCACAUCUUAAGUUGAAUGAUAUACUUAUUAUAGUACUAGGCUGGAUGCUGCCCCCUUUUUUGUACCAAAUUCAUUAUUAUAGGGGUAUUAGUUGUUAAAGAUAAAAAUAUUGAUUUAGGCCAUUCGUACACCUGCCUGAAAAUUUGGUGACGUAAGAACAAAUGUUAUGCUAGCGAUGAGAGUUG